UAUUCAUGGUCUCCCUCUCAGCACUUCGAUGAAGAAAGCAACUCCCCUCCUCCACCCAGGAACAUGAAGGCUCUAUCGGGCGGGCGGCCCAGCCAGCUCCAGAUCACCUCGGCUCACACCUGCGGCCUGGCCGACUGCGAACACUCCCUGGACCACCAUGACUCCCGCACCCCCUCUUACCUCCUCAGCCCCACAGAGAGCUGUCCCAUGGAGCACCGCCGCUGCUCCCCCCAUAGCUCCAUCCACUCUGAGUGCAUGGCGAUGCCCGUCUCCGUCUCCAUGGCCAACACAGACCACUCCAUCUCCAGCAGCACCUUUCCCAGGAUGCAUUACAGUUCCCACCACGACGGCAGCGGGUCACGGGACAGUGGUGGUGGUGGAGGAGGUGGUGGUGGUGGAUCACGGGAUCGAGACGAGUGUGGCUCGUCGCACGGCGGCAGCGGUAAAAUGAACAGAAUCCCGGCCAACCUGCUGGACCAGUUUGAGAAGCAACUUCCGUUACAUCGCGACGGCUUCCACACACUGCAGUACCAGAAGACACACACCACCACCACGGAGCAGCGCAACGAGAGCCCUGGGAGGAUCCGACACCUGGUCCACUCUGUCCAGAAGCUCUUCACCAAGUCCCACUCCCUGGAGGGCUCGUCCAAGAUGAAUGGCACCAAGGGGGACUCGCACCGGGAAGGCUCCCACCACCACCAUCCCAACCACCAUGGACACCACAAACACAGCAAGCGCAGUAAGAGCAAAGAGCGUAAGUCAUCAGACAGCAGCGGGAAGCAGCGCUCCGGGGUGGCGGGCUGGUGGAGCUCGGACGAUAACCUGGACAGUGACAGUACGUACCGGACGCCCAGCGUUAUGUCCCGCCAACAGGUGGACCACAUCAGCCACUGCUACCCCGACUCUGUCCACAGCCACUACGGGAACCUGUCGCUCAAGACCUCCAAGAGCAACAACGAUGUGAAGUGUUCCGCGUGUGAGAGCGUGGCCAUGGCUCCUGAAGGGAAGUUCAUGAAGAGGAGCUCCUGGUCAACGCUGACUGUCAGCCAGGCCAAGGAGGCCUACAGGAAGUCUUCCCUCAACCUGGAGAAACCCAUGACGCCCACAGACCUCAAGCCCAACCUCAGGCCCUGCCACUAUCUACAGGUACCUCAGGAUGAGUGGAGUGGUUACCCAGGGGGAGGUAAGGACGAUGAGAUCCCCUGCCGGAGGAUGAGGAGCAGCAGUUACGUCAAAGCCAUGGGUGAUGAUGAGAGUGGAGAGUCUGACUCCAGCCCCAAGACGUCCCCCGUGAAGACGGUCCGGCCAGACGCCCUGGUCAAGUCUGUCAUGCAGAGACCACUCCUAGACUCCCAGAGUCAUAACUACCACUUGCAGGCCUCAAGAGACAUGCACCCCCACCACCCCAGCAUGGCCCUGGAGCCCUCCACCAACUACAACUCCCAGCAGCCACCUCUCCCAGCAGCCCAGUUCCGCUCCAGGAACCAGAGCUACAUGCGGGCGGUCAGCACUCUCAGCCAGGCCAGCUGUGUUAGCCAGGUGAGCGAGACAGAUAUAAACGGUCAGUUUGAGUCAGUAUGUGAGUCGGUGUUCAGUGAGGUGGAAUCCCAGGCUGUGGAGGCUCUGGACCUGCCCGGCUGUUUCCGGACAAGGAGCCAUAGCUACCUGAGGGCCAUCCAGGCUGGCUACUCCCAGGAUGAUGACUGCAUCCCCACCAUGACCUCCUCCACUGUCACCUCCACCAUCAGGUCCACCACAGCGGUCACGUACACGAACAACUACAAGAAGACGACCCCUCCGCCGGUCCCACCCCGCUCCACCUCAGGCUCCAAGCCCCUCAUCUCCGUCACUGCCCAGAGCAGUACAGAGUCCACCCAGGACACGUACCAUGAGGGCAGGCACCCUCGAGGAUGGGGGGACGGGCUGGGCCUGAGCCUGGGCAGGGCCCUGUAUAACUCCACAGACAGCCUGGACAGUGCCAAGGCCGUGACUAUAGCCAUGGAGGCAGCUGGGCUGAGGUCUGGGAAGAGGCACCCGUCCACAGACCGUCACAGUCACAGCUCAGUGGUGACCUGUGAUAAAGCCAUCCUGGUGUCCAAGGCUGAGGAGUACCUCAAAACACCACGCUCCUCCAUAGGGAUACAGGUGGAAGCAGCCACCGACUCGGAGUCAGAAAGUAAAGGGUCGAAGGAAUACCAUUCUGUGGGGAUCCAGGUGGAAGCUGACAGACGAGUGCAGGGCAGGUUGAAGCGCUCCAAUAGUGUAACAGCCUCUGUGCAGGCUGACAUGGAGAUGGAGGGGUUUCCCACCAUGGAGGACAAGGGCCUACAAUUUGGAGGGGGCUUCCUAGGGGGGCACUCUGAGCCCAGCACGCCCACCCAGUAUGGGGUGCGCACCGUCCGCACCCAGGGCCUCUUCAGCUACCGGGAGGACUACCGGACCCCUACGGAGCCCCCUUGCCCCCAGCAGACCUCCAACGAGACCACCUGGCAGCUAGAGCCCCCCUCCCCCAGGGAGCCAGCAGAGUUGUCGGGCGAGUCGUGCCGGACGUCCCCCGCCUUGCGGAGGGAUGGAAGCUGGUUCAUGCAGCUGCUCCACGCAGAGACCAAGAGGAUGGAGGGAUGCUGUAAAGAGAUGGAGGCAGAGGCGGAGGAGAACGACCUCUCUGAGGACAUCCUAGGUAAAAUCAGGAGUGCGGUGGGCAGUGCUCAGCUCCUCAUGUCUCAGAAAUUCCAGCAGUUUUACUGGUUGUGUCAGCAGAACCUGGACCCCAGUGCCAUGCCCCGCCCCACCUCUCAGGACCUGGCUGGAUUCUGGGACCUCCUGCAGCUGUCCAUUGAUGACGUCACCACCAAGUUUGACGAGCUGCAGCAGAUAAAGAACAACGACUGGAGGCCCGUGGAGAAGAGCCCAGAGAAAAGGUUACCACCUGUCGCACCAAAGAAGUCCAUGAUCGGGAAGAGAGGCGUGACACGGGAGAAGUCUCUUGACCUUCCAGACCGCCACCGCCUGGAAGCACGCAGGAGGCUGAUGCAGGCCAAGCGGGCGGCUUCCUUCCGUCAGAACUCGGUGUCAGAGAGAGCAGACAGCAUCGAGAUCUACAUCCCUGAGGCCCAGACUCGCCUUUGA